AUGAGAAAGUUUUUGGAAUGGUAUAAUGGUUUGAAAGAGAACAAUUAUGUGUUCGACUUCCAACAAGAGAUUUUGACUUACUGUCGAUCUGAUGUGGAUAUAUUACGUCAUUGCUGUCUGGAAUUUCGUGAGUUAUUUCGUGAUGUUACAGACAUUGAUCUGUUCGAGAAAUGUCUCUCACAAUUGCAUCGGCUUGUAAUCUUGUUUUCCGAAAGAACUUCCUGAAAGAAAACACCAUGGCAAUCAUUCCCCCCUCACGGUUAUCGUCCCAAAGACAAGCAACCCCUUCUGGCUUUCAUAUAAGGCUGAAAAGGAAGAUGUCUACAUACAACAUGCUCGUAAUGCAGGAGAAAAGCGUGUUGGCAACUAUUUACUGGACGGUUAUGAUGAAGAAACCAACACAGCCUACAAGAUCAAUGGGUGCUUCUGGCACGGUAAGUUAACUCAAAUAAACUCUUCCUUCAAAUAAACACCGUGGAGUAAAAUUAUAUCAUUGUUUUUACAGGAUGUUUGAAAUGCUAUGCUCGGGACAUGGUAAAUCCAGUCAAUGGCAAGAUGAUACAAGAUCCUUCUUCAUCAAGCCACAGUGGAGAAGACCAGUUACCUGAAGGAUCAUGGUUUCAGUGUGAUAGAAGUCUGGGAAUGUGA